AUGCUGGUUAAAGAGUUGGCAUCGAAGAAGCUGCGAAUGAGCGGAAGAGCAUGCGAGGAGUCUAGAGACACACACCUCAAGACAUUUCCCAAUGUGCUGGUGGUCCGGUCAGGAACCUCGCCCCAGGACUCCUGCAUCUAUCUUGCAUUCUCCAAAGCGAAAGCCAGGCCGUAUCCCGAUAAGCCAUCCGAGGGAGCUUUCCAAAUAGGCCUGGAGAAAGGCAGAAAGAACGAUGCACUGCUGAAUUUUCUGCACAGCGUCUACGUGAGGUCCAAGUGCAUUUCCACUACGGAUCUUUGCCUAAGAUUCAAUCAGGAGGCAUACUCCAUCAGCAUUGAGGUAUCCCCCAUACAGACGAAUGGGGACCUGUUCAGACUGUGUGUUGAGGGAAUAAAUGAGAUAAUCCGGGUUUUGGAAGUAAAGACGUAUUUUCUCCCAAAGGCUGUGCAGUUUGGAUGUGUUGAGGGUGCUUUGAUGCAAGAUCCCGACGAGGCAGAGACCCUUGCGAGUGAGUGGACCAUGACAGUUGUGAUGAAGUCAGCCAGGGAGCUUCUAUUGGUGGAAAAGAGCGGCGAGGGUGUCGGUGUCGGCGACAUUUUGCGAGCCAUCGACUGUGCAAUGCUUGCCGCCAGCUCCAAAGUGUAG